CCCGCUGCACCUGGGAUGCAACUAUUCCGACUUUCAGUCAGUCGCACUUGGAGCUUUGCACUGGCUGCAGCAUCGUGCCUCUGUCUCUAGCUUCGAAUUGCACUCAUUCGGUGUUCUUUCUUUUCUCAAGUUUUCAAGUGAACGAUUCGAUAUCGGUAUCGCUAUUCGAGGUUGCGAUCGGUGAAUACAGUCUAGAACUAGACUAUGGUCGGGAAUCGAGCCGUCCACGAUCAGAACUCGAGGUUAGUUAACACGGUGUACGAGAAUCGUGUUGUUCGUUGAUUCCGUUUAAAAUUCGAUGCUUUAACCGCGCGUAAUGCAGUGUUAUCGUCGGAGGGAUGUGCGCCAUUUUCGAGAAAUGUUUCUUAAAAAUACGUAACCCACAAUCGAACGAUGUGGGAUGCAACGACAGAGUCGCAUGUUGAUGCAUGCCGAAGAGUGUCGAAUAUCGAUAUCCGUGCGAAUGCGCACUGAUGGUUGACGGAACAUCUCUCGAUGCAAUGUGCGCGCGCACUAAAGUACCCCCUCGUACCUUAGUACGAGUCCACACCCCCAACGAAAACGAUGGGAUUAUCGAUCAGCGUUGCUAUUCGAGCUAAGAACUUUUCGCCAGCUGACAGUAAACCGUAGGGACGCGCUAUCAACGAAGGAAAUCACGCGUUCUGUCGAUUUCAAAAUGAAACCAGAGUGAUCCGUGUUACGUGUUCGUGAUCGAUAAUAGGACAAAUCGCGCCUUCGACCUUCUGGCCGUCCUCUGGCCGGUUGGAAAAUGAAAAUUAAGCCAAAAAUCAGGUUGGAAAGACGAUGACACAAUAUUGCAAAGUAGGUUGAGACUGCAACCAUAAACGGCGGAUGCGAGGUUCGAGCAGGUGUACGCUUCUCUGUAUGGAUUUUUUGUUUCGUCCAAGGUGCCAUGAUUGCUAAAUUAUGCUUCCAUCAGAUUUAUUUGCAAUCGCGAUUUCACAUUUUUCUCAAUUUUUGCGACUAACAAUUCAUUCGCCUUGAUAGAGUACCCGCUCGCCAAGCAUCGUAAUUAUUUCACGUUAGUAGAGCAACGCGAAUAUUGUUAUGUUACAGUAGCGAAAGUCUCGAUAUAAACCAGUUUCUGAUCGAGGAAGGAAUCGCAUUAGCGAUGUAGCCUAGAAUCGCUUGCUUUCGCACGAUAACAAAAUGGGUAGGCGAUCUUCGCGAGGAAACGAUUAUUCCAAUUUCGCGAAUGGAUCGACAAAAGUAACAUUUUUUUGUUUAUUACCGCGUUUUGCGAACUUAACUCGACUACGCGUUCGUCGAAUAAUAACAAUUAUAAGGCAUGUGGUUGUACGUUCGUACAGGAAGUGAAAUGCAUUCCGAUACAUCCGUCUAACGGCACAUUGGCCGACAGUGCUAUGAGUUUCUCUUUGACGUUCUCUCUUCCUCUUUUGCCAAUACACGUGGAUAGACCCGCGCAUUCUCCGAUGCGGCGAGUCACUGGAUGCACAUCAUACUGUUUACAAUCAACUACUAUGUAUUGGUCCGGCUUGCGAUGCAAUAUCCAAACGCCGAUAUACCAGAAGGAAGAAGAGUUCGCAACGUACGGAGAAGACUUUUCCAGGACGAGGAAGGCGACAACGAAAGUGUUUCGGAAAGGCGAUCCGGCAUCGAGGACAAUCUUGCGAAUUGUUUCCUCGAAGAGGCACGAAAGAACCGAGAGAACGCGAAACAGAGAUGGAAUUUCGAUUUCGAGAAAGAAGAACCGUUACCUGGCCGUUACGAGUGGAUAAAACUGGAUCAAGAGCGAAAUGACAUCGGUUAUGCAUCGGAGUCGAGAAAUCGCGUGGAAAAUUUGCAAGCAAUGCAGGUCGAGAACUUGCGAGAAGACGAUUCCGUGAUCCCGGAACACGCAGAAGAGAUGGACGACGACAACAUGACCGACAGUACAUGAGAAGAGUUUCGAAAUGGUUCGUUCAUCCUGGAAUUCUUGAUUGAAAAUGAAACAUUUUCGUUACACUAAUUCAAGGGUAGAAUUGAUGCAGUAAAAUCGACCGAGUCGAAGAUUGAAUACUUUAGGUAGAAAUGGCGAGGUCGUUGAUCAAAGAAAACAUUAAUUGGACCUUGGACCUGUAGUUGGAGCAUGGAUAAUUCCGAGGAGCUAGCAAACCAAAGUUAUACACUUUUAUUUAAACAAACAAUUCGACUUUUAGUGGCAAUUUAUAAAUUGGAAGUCGUUUGUCGUGAUAUUUGUUACUGUAUUAUUUGUACCGAUUUUAUAGUGUCCGUAUACAAUUAUUUAAUUAGGUAUUUAUUAUGAGAGCGUGCAAUUAGCAAACGAAUGAUAUUAUACAAUAUAAUAGGUAAUAUAAAUAGAUUAUAUGAAAUGACUUUGUACUUUUCAUAAAAAGAUGAAAUAAUACACUUCUCUACAAAUUUUUAAA